GUAGACUCACAUUCCCUCCAGUCUAUCCCUGCACAGCUCACAGCUCAGUCCCACUUGUGACACGAAAGGAUCCUUUGAUGGGGGGCGGGGGUAGGAGGUUGCAAGGCAGGGAGGGAGGAGAUGGGUUGAAGGAACACAAAUGGCAGGGUUGGAAUUGGAACCCAGGGACUCUAGCUCACAGUCCCUCAGCCCUGUGCCAACCAUGGCAACACCCAUGGCCAUUUGGGGCUAGGGAAGUGGGGGCCCCACUAUGACCUCUGGCCCAAGCAAGGAGACCCAGGCAGGAUUUGUGGUCUAAAGGGCUCCUCUUUGCCAAACCCUUACCCCAUAGGGUACCCUGCCUCCUACUACAGAAAAAAAAGAGAGGGGUGCAGUUGGGAGGCUGGGGAAGUCCCUUUCACACACCCUUGGGUCCAUAAAGUGGAGGCCUUGGAAAACAACUGAUUAUCCUGCCCUUGACCUCUGGUCCUCUGGUUUACUUCCCCCCACCUCCUGGAUACCUUGCUCUCUUUAUCCAGCCUCAGUGGUCAGUUUGCUUCUCUGGCCUCCCUCCUGAUCUCUGGCCAGACUUCUUACAGCUGUCUUGCCUUUCUUUCUCUCCUCCAUACAAUGUUUGUUGUCAACAUCUUAUCAAACCUUGCCAGCACUGGCGGGGGCCUCAGAGCUUGCUCUGUCCAAAUUUUUGUGGCACAGGUGGAGACACCGAGGCCCAGGGUCACUUGGGUCAUUGCUUGUCCAAGGUCACACAUCAGAAUUAGCAACAAGCCAGUACUAAGGCUUUUGACUCCUAAGUUCCUAUUUUUCUCUUGUCCUUUGAUCUGGCUAUUAUGGUUCAGUCUUUGUCUGUCCUCAGACUAGUAGAGCUCUUACGAGAUUUACUCAGUUCAGAUUUUGCCUUCAAAGUCAUGCAUGAAGCUGCUUCAUGGUUUGGCUCUGAUAACAAAUUGGACGAGACUGGGACUGGCUACAGAAUCUAUGAGCCAUCGGCUAGGAGCUGGGAGGGAGACCAGGCUCCAGGAGACAAAGCAAACCAGAUCUGGGCCUUAGAUCAGCUUUGGGGCCAUUGCUGCUCAACGUCUUUCCUCUAUACCUGCCCUCUCCCUCAACAGUCCAUGUCCAGGGUGAUGAUCAGAGAGGCAUAGUUCCUAAACCCCUGCUUACACACAUACACACACACUCAAAGAGAAAGACACAGACACAUACAAGCACACAUACACAGCUCUCUGGAUGAGGGUCUGACUGCUCACUGUGGGAUCAUUACCACAUGAGGCUUCUUCCUCUGAGUGCAGGAACAUGUCUCCUCCCUUGUGUUCUCCCAGUGCCCAACCUAAAGCCUCCCAUGAAUAGGAACUUAAAGAGGGUGUAUGGGAAGAGUGAGCUGACACUGGUACUGGAGGCCAUGAGGCCAGGCCUCCAUCUCUAGGCCCUGGAAUGGGGCAGGAAGCCCAGCCCAGGCUGGAUGAGCCCGGCACACAAAGUGGGUCCUAGCAGGUCUUGCUGUGGUUCCUAGUAUACCCCUCCCCAUCUUCUGCCUCCAACUGGGACUCUGAUGUGGUCCAUGGACCAGCAGCAUCAAUAUCACCUGGGAGGUUUUAGAAAUACACUCACAGGCCUCACCUCAGAUCACAAACUCGGUGUGGGGCCCAGCAAUUAGCCCUCCAGGGAAUUCUAAGGCAUGAUAAAGCUGUAGAACCGCUGCCUGUGACAAUAGGCAGACUCCUGGCAGGGAGGCUGCUGAAGUCCAGAAACACAGGCAGCUGCUUACGCCACCUACAGGUAAGUCUGGUCAUGUGCUGGAGGGCUCCAUAACUGAAGGCAGACACAUGAACACGCACACAAACAUGAGCAUCUGGCAAGGUCUCAGAGUCUAUCUGCAGUGGCUCUGGGGUCCAGUGGACAUAGACAGGCACUCAGGUGGAAGUAGGUAGGGGCAGGGAAGAACUGUUCUCACCAGGUGACAUCCUAUGUCCCAUAAUUCCUUUGUCCUUUUCCCUUGAGGGGGUCAGAGAAGCUGAGUAGUCACCCAGCUCAGACCAGGCACCCUCAGUUGAGAGAGCAGAUGAUCUGUAUGCCUAAGAGAGGUUGGAGUAUGUGCUAACACCAGCAAAGUUCUUUCUCUGCAUGGGCGGGCCAGGGCCAGGGGAAUGUGGGGAUUAGCAAGCAAAGCUUAGGCAAAAGCACACCACCCCCUGAGCUAUGAAAUGCUGUCCAGAUGUAGAAUAGCCCUUGGCCCUUUCCCAGGGCUGCUCCCAGUGCCCACCUUACCUCCUCUUGCGUCUUUCUGCUCUGGCCUGUGGAGCCCCAAGCAGCUCCCCACCUGGCCCCUCCCCAGGCCCUGCAAGUGAAAUCCCAGCCUCUGGGGAGCUCCUCCGGGGGAUGUGGGGAGGGGAUGGGGAGGCUGAGCUUCCCCAUGCUCAGAUCUGGUUUCUUUGCGCUUCCUCUGGCGCACUGCCACAGGCUGAGCCACCAGCUGUGCUAUAUAAGGCCUGGCGGCUAGACGCUGGAGAGAGGAAGACUUGAACCCCCCAGCUGAGGAGUUCUGCUCAGGCCCCGGUGACUGUAUCUGAGAAACUUCCCAGGGGACUACGUUCCAAGGAGGACCUAACUUUGAAGCACUCUCACCCAUCUCCUCACCCAUAUUCCCCACAGGGCCUGAGGGAAAGAUGGUGGGGACCAAGGCCUGGGUGUUCUUCCUGCUCCUGGAAGUUACCUCCGUGUUGGGGAGGCAGAUGAUGCUCACUCAGUCGGUAAGAAGAGUCCAGCCUGGGAAGAGGAUCUCCAGCCUCUUUGCCAAGCCUGGUGACUCCCUGGAAAGUCCUGGUGAGUGGACAACGUGGUUCAACAUUGACCACCCAGGCGGGCAGGGUGACUAUGAGCGGCUGGAUGCCAUUCGCUUCUACUAUGGGGACCGUGUGUGUGCUAGGCCCCUGCGGCUAGAGGCUCGGACCACUGACUGGAUGCCUGCAGGCAGCACUGGCCAGGUGGUCCAUGGCAGUCCCCGUGAGGGCUUCUGGUGUCUCAACAGGGAGCAGAGGCCCGGCCAGAAUUGCUCCAAUUAUACCGUGCGCUUCCUCUGCCCCCCAGGGUCCCUGCGCAGAGACACAGAGCGCAUCUGGAGCCCAUGGUCUCCCUGGAGCAAGUGUUCUGCUGCUUGUGGUCACACUGGAGUCCAGACCCGAACACGCACCUGCCUGGCGGAGACAGUGUCAUUGUGCACUGAGGCCUCUGAGGAGGGCCGGCUCUGCAUGGACCAGGCCUGUACAGCCUGUGAUAUGACCUGCCCCAUGGGCCAGGUGAAUGCCGACUGCGAUGCCUGCAUGUGCCAGGACUUCAUGCUACACGGAACUGUCUCCCUACCUGGGGGUGCCCCAGCAUCAGGGGCCACUGUCUACCUGCUGACCAAAACACCUAAGCCACUGACCAAGACAGACAGCAGUGGGAGGUUCCGAGUCCCUGGCGUGUGCCCUGAUGGCAAAAGCAUUCUGAAGAUCACAAAGGCCAAGUUUGCCCCCAUCAUGCUCACGAUGCCCAAGACCAGCCUAAAGGCAGCCACUGUCAAUGCAGAGUUCAUGAGGGCAGAGACUCCAUACAUCGUGAUGAACCCCGAGACAAAGGCACGGAGAGCUGGGCAGAGCGUGUCCUUGUGCUGUAAGGCCACAGGGAAGCCCAGUCCAGACAAGUAUUUCUGGUACCACAAUGACACGCUGCUGGACCCAUCCCUCUACAAGCAUGAGAGCAAGCUGGUGCUGAGGAACCUGCGGCAAGACCAGGCUGGCGAGUACUUUUGUAAGGCCCAGAGUGAUGCUGGGGCUAUGAAGUCCCAGGUUGCCCAGCUGAUUGUCAUAGCCCCUUAUGAGACUCCUUGCAACCCCACUCCUGAGAGCUACCUUAUCCGGCUGCCCCAUGAUUGCUUCCAGAAUGCCACAAACUCCUUCUAUUAUGACGUGGGCCAUUGUCCUAUCAAGACCUGUGCAGGGCAGCAGGAUAAUGGGAUCAGGUGCCGGGAUGCUGUGGAGAACUGCUGUGGCAUCUCCAAAACACAGGAGAGGGAGAUCCAGUGCAGUGGGUACACGCUGCCCACCAAGGUGGCCACGGAGUGCAGCUGCCAGCGGUGUACAGAGACUCGGAGUAUCGUGCGUGGCCGUGUCAGUGCUGCUGACAAUGGGGAACCCAUGCGCUUUGGCCAUGUGUACAUGGGGAGCAACCGUGUGAGCAUGACUGGCUAUAAGGGCACUUUUACCCUCCAUGUCCCCCAGGACACUGAGAGGCUGGUGCUCACAUUUGUGGACAGGUUCCAGAAAUUUGUCAACACCACUAAAGUGCUGCCCUUCAACAAGAAGGGGAGUACGGUAUUCCACGAGAUCAAGGUGCUUCGGAAGAAAGAGCCCAUCACCUUGGAGGCCAUGGACACCAACAUUAUCCCCCUAGGGGAGGUGGCUGGUGAAGACCCUGUGGGAGAGUUGGAGAUCCCAUCCAAGAGUUUCUACAGGAAGAACGGGGAGCCCUACACAGGGAAAGUAAAGGCCAGUGUGACCUUCCUGGAUCCCCGGAAUAUUUCCACAGCCACAACUGCCCAGAGUGAUCUGAACUUCAUCAAUGAUGAAGGAGACACCUUCCCCCUUCGGACAUAUGGUAUGUUCUCUGUGGACUUCACGGAUGAGGCCACCUCAGAGUCACUUAAUGUUGGCAAGGUGAAGGUCCACCUUGACUCAACCCAGAUCAAGAUGCCAGAGCAUGUGCCCACAAUGAAACUCUGGUCGCUCAAUCCAGAUACAGGGUUGUGGGAGGAGGAAGGUGACUUCAAAUUUGACAGCCAAAAGCGGAGCAAAAGGGAAGAGAGAACCUUCCUGGUGGGAAACAUGGAGAUCCGUGAAAGGAGACUCUUUAAUCUGGAUGUUCCAGAAAGCAGGAGGUGCUUUAUCAAGGUUAGGGCCUACCGGAGUGAGCGGUUCUUGCCCAGUGAGCAGAUCCAGGGGGUUGUGGUCUCUGUGAUCAACCUGGAGCCCAGGGCUGGCUUCUCAUCCAACCCCAGGGCCUGGGGCCGCUUUGACAGUGUCAUCACAGGCCCCAACGGGGCCUGUGUGCCUGCCUUCUGCGAUGACCAGUCCCCCGAUGCCUAUUCCGCCUAUGUCUUGGCAAGCCUGGCUGGGGAAGAACUGGAAGCAGUGCAAUCUUCUCCUAAAUUCAACCCCAAUGCUAUUGGUGUCCCUCAGCCCUAUCUCAAUAAGCUCAAGUACCGUCGGACAGACCAUGAGGACCCACGGGUUAAGAAGACAGCUUUUCAGAUCAGCAUGGCCAAGCCAAGGCCCAACUCAGCUGAGGAGAGCAAUGGGCCCAUCUAUGCUUUUGAGAACCUCCGGGCAUGUGAGGAGGCACCACCCAGUGCACCCCACUUCCGGUUCUAUCAGAUUGAGGGGGAUCGGUAUGACUACAACACUGUCCCCUUCAACGAGGAUGACCCUAUGAGCUGGACUGAAGACUACCUGGCAUGGUGGCCCAAGCCAAUGGAGUUCAGGGCCUGCUACAUCAAGGUGAAGAUUGUGGGGCCAGUGGAAGUGAAUGUGCGCUCCCGCAACAUGGGGGGCACUCACCGGCAGACAGUGGGAAAGUUGUACGGAAUCCGGGAUGUGAAGAGCACACGGGACAGGGACCAACCCAAUGUCUCAUCUGCCUGUUUAGAGUUCAAGUGCAGUGGCAUGCUCUAUGACCAGGACCGUGUGGACCGUACACUGGUGAAGGUCAUCCCUCAGGGCAGUUGCCAUCGAGCCAGCGUAAACUCCAUGCUUCAUGAGUACCUGGUCAACCACCUACCACUAGCAGUCAACAAUGACACCAGUGAAUACACCAUGCUGGCACCCCUAGAUCCACUGGGCCACAACUAUGGCAUCUAUACCGUCACUGAUCAGGACCCUCGCACUGCCAAGGAGAUUGCACUUGGCCGGUGCUUUGAUGGCACAUCCGAUGGCUCCUCCAGAGUCAUGAAGAGCAAUGUGGGAGUGGCCCUCACUUUUAACUGUGCAGAGAGGCAGGUGGGCCGCCAGAGUGCCUUCCAGUACCUCCAAAGCACCCCCGUCCGCACCCCUGCCGCAAACACUGUCAGAGGAAGAGUGCCCUCAAGGAGACAGCAACGGGCAAGUAGGGGUAGCCAGAGCUGGCGUGAAGGGGCCGCCCCUCUGAGGUUUCUUGGGGUUGCUCAGUAGCCUUUGAGCAACUAAGUCUUAUGGUACUUCUCUUCCCCCACCCCAUGCAACAGCCAUUGUGAGACUGAUGCAUAAACUGUCACUUGGUUAAUUUAAGCACAUCUGUUCUGGUGCAGUUUGCUUGUUUUGGUUUCUUCAUGCCUUUAUUUACUGUCUUUAUUCCAUGAUACUGAUUUGCACAGAGCCCCAAAAAUGGCAAAAUAAAGUCCUUUUGUCCUGUUCUUUAAAAGAAACACAAGAAAAUGACCAGUGGUAAAGUCUGUGCCCAUCAAUGAAAAUGUACUUCCUUUUCUUUUUGCGGGGUUUUGCUCACUUCUACAAUGAUAAUCUGAUGUUAAAGAUCAACUAACCAAUAUAAGGCAUAUUUCUUGGCCUUGGUCUAUAGGAUGUAAGCAAGGCCUCCAUCACAGUUCAUGCAUAUAAACGGUGGUGAAAUAAAGAAAUAAACUACAAUAUUUUUACUUGAAUUUGGAACUCUGCAUUUCCCUUUACAUCUACUUUUGUUCUUGCUAGAAGCCCAGUGUACCCCAGAGCAACUGUCAAUAAAUGCACAUUUUGUACUUGUU